AAUACAACCAAUCAUAACUAGAAUACAACCAGAAUUAAAUUAUUUUAAAAAAAAUACGUUUUAAAUGUUCUGAAGUUAUGAAUUAGAUGUGAUUUGCGGAAUACUUAGAUAACUACAAGGAAGGAUGCUUAAGCUAUAAAUGUGAAUAAGUAAUUUUUGUUAAGGAUGUGGAGAACAUAUACAUGUUAUAAAUGUAUGUUAAGAUGGUCUUUACGAACAUCAACCGUUUUUUAAUGCUUCAAGUACUAUACUUGAUCAUCUGCUUUUUAUUAUUGAGUGUCGCAGGAGGAACGCAAGAUACUGCUCUGGAAACCGUAACCAUCACAAAAUGUGAUGGUCAGAGACAAGACGGAUCUGUAAUGAUAGUUAAUUAUCAGGAAAUUAAUUUACAAUGCACGUGUGACAUAGAGACUCAUUUCACGGGGAUUUUACAAUUUACCUCUACACGGAAGGAAUCCAAUGAAUGUUCUUCAGAAAUAAGUAUUUCUGAAAAGGAAAAUGUGAGUAAUUCGUCAGUACUGCCCUGUAUAUCUGGUAAAAAGAGGACUUCUAUUACAUUCAAUGUUUCUACGAGCAGUAUCCUUGUUAUGGUUCCUAAGUAUAUCAACUCAACGUCAGGAUUGAUUCAUCAAGAAAUAAAGAUUUUUGAAGAAAAAUCGUAUAAAGGUAGCAUUUCUGUAACUUGUGGGAAUUCUUUUUCGGCGUUACGUCCAACAACAAUAACAGCUGAUGACCAUGCUAAAACACACCACGGUAGUAAUCCCUCCAAGAAUGUUACGGGAGAUAUCAAUUUUCAAGAGGACAACAUAAAAACACCAACACCCUAUAUUCAAACAAUAUCAAAAGCUCUAACAAUCGAUACCGUAAUCAGAGAUGACUCCAUUAAUACGAAUACGCUUGGAGUAGAUACCACAAUUCGAAAUGACAACAUGAAAACAGAAGUCAAUUUUGAAACCUCCCCUGGCACCACAUCAAAAGCUGGAACGGAAAGGAAUAAUACCAAAUCACUCCCGACGUACACACCUUUUGCAGUUAAUACGAAAAUCCAAAAUGACUACAGGAAAACGGAGGUCGAUUUUACAACAUUACCCGAUACCACUUCGAAAGCUACCACAGCAAGUGAAAACACAAAAUCACACCGAGCGACCACAUUGAAAGCGCUUGCAGUUGAUACCACCAUCAAAAUUGACUACAUCCAAACGGAGAUUGAUGUUCAAACAUCCUCCAAAGAUACUACAUCGAAGGCUGGUACAGCUAGUAACAACGUAAAAUCAGAUUCAGCAACCACAUAUUUAAUAUAUGGAAUCUCCGGAGCUGCUGUUUUUAUUAUUAUCCUAGGCAUCAUUUGUGUUGUGGUUUGGCGCUUGAAGCGAAGACAAUCAGUAAUGGACAUUCGACACGAUCAGCAAAACAAUGGCACGUAUGAUGCUGAACUUCCGGACAAUCCUCUUUAUCAUGGCACGUAUGGUACUGAACUUCCGAACAAUCCUCUUUAUCAUGGCACGUAUGGUGCUGAACUUCCGGACAAUCCUCUUUAUCAUGGCACGUAUAAUGCUGAACUUCCAGACAAUCCUCUUUAUCAUUCUUAUCAGCCACUGGAAAAUUCUGAACACGUCAAAAGAAACAAAUGGUCCAAAAUAUACUAGUACGAAAAAUAAUUACGAAUCUACAGAAACCGAAGAGUACCUAAUUAUGCUGAGCAAUUCAAUAUAAAAAAGCAGGAACCAAUCGAAUGUCAUCAAUUAAGUUUUAUAGAUAUAGUUCCCAUACAGAUUUCUUUUUCCAGACGGAGAUCUCGUGCCUAGAAUUGCAGUGUAUCGCUUCUUUGAUUAAAAAUACGCAAAAAUACAAUUGUUCCAUUUUCUUUUCUAAGUGUG